AUGGCGGGAAAAACUAGUGGCAUUGUGCCCUCGGAUUGUAGUAUGGCUCUCAGGGCCAUGCUGUUUCGCCGUGCCUGCUAUGCAUACGUGAGCAAUGCAAUAGCUCCAGUACUAUACAUCGAAGAUUGUAAGCUCGUUGAAAUAAAUUUCGAGGACCAUAAAGCGAGAAAACUUAAAUUUUCAAUAGUUUCAAAUGAGGGGAUAUUGGAUUCGGUAGAAUUGAAAGAAGCUGAUGGAUUACUAGCUGAUUUUUCAACUCCUGUUCACUUAUUAUCUAGUCAUAAUAAUGAUCGUAGCGUUAAUAAACUCAAAAAUAGUUUUUAUUCUAUCAGAAAGUCAAAUAUUUAUCAGUAUGCUCCAGAUCUUAAUUAUUUUACAUUUUAUCAUAAUUCAAGUAGAAAGGCGGCUCUUCUCUAUUCAUACCACGGACCAAUGAAUAUAAGUUUGGAUGGAAACAUUGGAAAUUAUGUACUUCGACGUUUACCAAAAAUUAUAAAUAACAAAUAUCAAUAUAUUUACGUUAAAAUACUGGAUACUUAUCAAGCACUUUUACAUAAAGAUUCAUAUAUAUCUGAUAUUUCGCCAAGAGAAAAAAUUAAUUUGGAAGCUACUCAUAUAAAUGCGCUUAAUAUAAAAUUGCUGGUUAUUUUGGAUUUAGAAAAAAAUUACAUUAAAUCAUCUGCUGAAUUAAUUAAAACUGUUCUGAUGUUUUACAACAAUAAUAACAUGCUCUUUAGUGAUUUUGAAUCGCCGUCAAUUGAUUUUAUGUUGAAAGGGAUUGUAUUUCCACAGGACACAGACAUUACUUCUAAUUCUACAGUUUUGACACUUGAAUCUAUUAAUAACGUGAAGGAAUUUGUGGAAAAACUGACGCCGUAUUUUCAAUUAGAAAAUCAUGAUAUUGUGACAGUUUUAACUCAGCGAAUGAUUUUGCUGGAUAACGAAACUAGACGAUUCACUGAAGCUAUGAUUAUCAAUGAGCACAAAAUUUGCGAAGGUAAUGCAGAGCCGACACUUAUUUUAUCACCAUAUUAUAAUUAUCAAACAGUCCAUGAUACAUUUUUAGCAAAGAUUCUUCCAAUGUUUGGCACUAACGAUUUCAAAAAUAGAUUAAACACCAUGUGCCCAGAAUUUGUGGUCAAUGUUCAGCCGGAUUAUGUAAAUGGUCAACAAUUAUGGCCUUCAUGCAUUAUUACAGAGUAUUCCAAGUACUUCAGGCACAAUAUUUGUUCAGAGUUCGAUACAAAUUAAACAUUUUAAUCAUUCGGGCAGACCGUCAAUAACAAUGAGGUAUUGGUGUAUCAAGAAAUAAUAUUUCUAGACGACUACUUUUUAUUUUUGGGAAACUCCGAGUAUAAAUAAACUACAAAAAUUCCAUAAAAAAAAAAAUAUUUCUUUUAUUAUAAGUAUAUUGUAACAAUAAUAAUUAUUAUUAUUUGAUAAGAACUAUAAAAAAUGUUUCUUAAAUUUAACUUAAAUCAUCAUGAGAUAUCUUUUAUCACUGGUGAUAACAAAAC